AUGGUCAUGCCGUCAGUUAACCGGACGAGCUUGCACCCAACCGGUGUCCAGCCGUCUCAUGCUCACACCGAGAUCGAGGAGGAACUCCACGAGACCGCCCACAUCGACUAUGACAGAGUUGCUAUCAUUGCCAACCCUUCCGUUGCCUCCCUUUACGAAGAUGCCCUCGUUUACGAGACCGGAACCGCCAUCACCUGCAGCGGUGCCCUUACUGCCUACUCUGGUGCCAAAACCGGUCGCUCUCCCCUAGAUAAGCGUAUCGUCAAGGAAGACAGCUCUUCUAAGGACGUCUGGUGGGGACCUGUUAACAAGGCCAUGAGCCCUGAGGUAUGGAGAAUUAACCGCGAGCGUGCUGUUGACUACCUCAACACCCGCAACCGCAUCUAUGUCGUCGACGGUUUCGCCGGCUGGGACCCACGAUACCGCAUCAACGUUCGUGUUGUCUGCGCCCGUGCCUACCAUGCUCUUUUCAUGCGUAACAUGCUUAUCCGACCAUCUCGGGCCGAGCUCGAGCACUUCCACCCCGACUAUGUUAUCUACAACGCCGGUUCUUUCCCAGCCAACAGAUGGACCGAGGGUAUGACUAGUGCCACUUCCGUCGCCAUCAACUUCGCUGAGAAGGAGAUGGUCAUCCUUGGAACUGAGUACGCUGGUGAGAUGAAGAAGGGUGUCUUCACUGUCCUCUUCUACGAGAUGCCGGUCAAGCACAACGUCCUCACCCUUCACUCCUCCGCUAACCAGGGCAAGGAUGGUGAUGUCACCGUCUUCUUCGGUCUUUCUGGCACUGGAAAGACCACUCUCUCCGCCGACCCUAAGCGUGCUCUCAUCGGUGAUGACGAGCACUGCUGGACCGACACUGGCGUCUUCAACAUUGAGGGCGGCUGCUACGCCAAGUGCAUUGGCCUCUCCGCCGAGAAGGAACCAGAUAUUUUCAACGCCAUCCGCUUCGGCUCCGUCCUCGAGAACGUCGUUUUCAACCCAGAGACCCGUACCGUCGACUACGACGACGCCACACUGACUGAGAACACUCGUUGUGCUUACCCCAUCGAGUACAUCGAGAACGCCAAGAUCCCAUGUAUCUCUGACGGCCACCCCAAGAACAUCAUUCUCCUCACCUGUGAUGCCCGUGGUGUCCUCCCACCAAUCUCCAAACUCACCCCUGAGCAGACUAUGUUCCACUUCAUCUCUGGUUACACCUCCAAGAUGGCCGGUACCGAGGACGGUGUUACCGAGCCCCAGGCCACCUUCUCCUCCUGCUUCGCCCAGCCAUUCCUUGCUCUCCACCCCAUGCGCUACGCUCGCAUGCUCGCUGACAAGAUCCGCGAGCACUCUGCCAAUGCCUGGCUCCUCAACACCGGUUGGGUUGGUGCCGGUGCCACCACCGGUGGCAAGCGCUGCCCCCUCAAGUAUACCCGUGCCAUCCUCGAUGCCAUCCACUCUGGUGAGCUUGCCAAUUCCGAGUAUGAAGUUUACGACACCUUCAACCUCCAUAUCCCAACCUCGUGCCCUGGCGUUCCUUCUGAGCUUCUUAACCCCAAGGCUUCUUGGACUGGUUCCGCCGACUUUAAGCAGGAGGUGACCAAGCUUGGUGUCCUCUUCAACGACAACUUCAAGAAGUACGCCGAUGAGGCCACUCCCGAGGUCAUCGCUGCUGGCCCAGCUGUUGCCGCCGCCAAGGUCGAAGAGGCCGUCAAGCCUGCUGCUGCCGCCGUUGGCAGCAUCGUUGAGCAGGUCAAGGCUGCUGUUACUGAGCCAGAGAAGGUUCUCAACGGCGAAGCCCCUGCUAGCUAA